GCGCAGGGAAAAAAGUCGAGAUAGUAUUUAUUUGGAAUGUGAAGUUGUAAGUAAUUCCAAAAGGGGUUGUGCAAGUAACCAUCGAGGAAGGCGAUUUACUUUACUACUCUCUGGAACUAAUGCGUGAUCGCUGCAAGGAAAAUGUCUUCGACUUGCGCUCGUAACUUCAACUUCUAACUUCUACUUGCGAGUCAGAUAGAUUGCUUCUAUUAUUAUUGAGCAACUCGGUUCUAAAUAUUUGAAUUUAAAUUAGCUAUGAUGAACCUGCUGGCCAGAACUCGACUGCAUGGCACGUGUCUUAGCUACCUAUUAUGCGAUAAUUACGUUAGAUUAAAACGCGUAAAGCGCGGUCUGGCGACGCGAUCAAAGGCGUUUAAGAGCUCACUAACGAGGUGUUGAGUCGCCUAGUUUUCACCUGAAGUAUUAGAAACGUGCGAUUUUACGGUUGCUCGCACUAUAAGCCUCGAGCGAUAAUAACUAAUAUAAGCAAGAGGCUUGCAUCACACUUAAUGGUUUUUUCCAUUAAAAAACUGAUUGCUCUUAGAGGCGUCAAUUGCAAAGACUGACAGUUGAACUUGCAAAGCAAAUAGAAGAAAGACUUUUAUCAGUGAGUAAUCUUAAGGAGAGUUUUCGAAACGCGCUGCCAUAUUACUUAAUUUCUUUACUUUUUUAGUUUCCUUAAAUUUCCAAGUUGCUUUCAAAUGCGAUGAAACACACCGAUGUAUCAGUCGUCUUCCAAAUUUUUUACCCGGAAGAAAAAAAUUCAAAAGGUAUUGCAUCAAAUAUUAUGUUCUUUAGUCAGUCGGCAAGGCGUUUUAGCCAGUUUUUUUUUGUGUUUUUUUGAAGCCUUAUUUUUGUUUCAAGCGGAAACUAUAACUUAACAUCGUGGAUGCAUAAAUCUCCGUGACUGUUUUCCAGCAAUAUUUGCAAAUUCUAUUUCAAUUUAAAAGAGUUAUUUUAAUCUCUUAUAAAUAUUCAAAUUUUGAUCGCCGGUGUAAAGAAACUGUUUGAAGGCAAGCACAAAAGACAAAUUCUUAAUUGAAGGCGAAGGUGACAUCAGAGGGAUUUGGUGACCAAUUACUUGAUCAUCUGCAUUUUUCUACUUUGUUUAAAUUUUCUGAAUUUUUAUUUAGGUAAAUAUAUGUUUUUUAGCUUCGCUUUCGUUAACUUGUUACCUAAGAUUCGUUCUAACAUUUUAAAAAGAACGAAAUGAUUUUCGCCGUAUUUAAUAUCCUUGCUUGAUCACCCGUCGCGAGGGAGCUUAAUUAGUAAAGCGUCAACUAAAUUGCGUAAUUGCUUCAUCUGUUUGAGAAUUCUUUUCGUUGGCCAACCCCGACGAAGAAGGAGAAUUCUCGCUUUGUCUUUCUUGAGCUGUGGUUAGCAUUGUUUACUGAUACUGAACUACUUGAUAUUGAACUCGCUUUCACAUUAAGAACUAUGUAAGUUGAAGACAAAGGUUAGCAUCGUAUAUCUUCAAGACUUUACCUCUUGCAUACGACAAUAUUUACCAGAUGCCGUUCGUCUUGACCAUGCGUAGAUUGCAUUCAACUGCGCGCUUCUACGUCACGCCGUUCUGAAGUAUUGUCAUUUUGCCUUGUCAGAACCGUAAAAAUGCUCUUUCUUUUAAAGAAGCCGUCUUUCUCCGUACAGCCUUUUACUGUCACUUUGUCGACACACCCUUAGGCAUUAGCUGCGAUAAACAGAAAUAAAUUGCUGCCUUUUUUCUCUCUUCCUACGCUGAUAUUGUCCAUUUUUUAACCUUGAUGAUCGCAUUGUUUGGCUAGUUCCGUACCUCAUAAAAAUUUCCUUUAACUGGAGAUGCGCUACGGAACUUAUUUUCGUAGAUGAUCCAUAGAAUUGGAGAACAGCUCGCCGAUAUUUUCCUGUUCGUGUUUGCAAGCAGGUGGCCAGUGACAACGCGUGCGCACUAAAUUCGAAAUGUUGUUUAUAACAUUUUAUGGUUUCUGUAUGAAGAGGAAAUAUUUUUUGUGAAACCGCAGGGGGAAAACAGCGAGCUUGAUGGAAAUUGUAUAGAGUGAUCCUCUCAGUUGGGUCACACAGCAUAAAGGUUUUUUUAUUUCACCAUCUGUCAAAAUCCACUUUAGUUCCGAGUUUUGUGCCGACGAAAUCGAAUUUGCAUUCACACUUUGGAAAGAAGUGCAACAUUUACUUUUUCGGAAAAUCGGAGCGCAAUUAAUGGUGUGUAUUAUUGACAGUUUGCACUAGAAAGUUGAGCAGGAGGAAUCUUCGAGAUCUGGGCAAAUAGCAGUAGCGCGGGCGGAUUUCGUAUCGAAAAGACGCGCCGUCGUGUUCGUUACUAUGCGAUGAUGUAGCCUUGGACCAACAUGCCUCUUUGUGCUGAGUAAUUCGGUUUUUACUUAUGGUUUGCGUGGUGCGAUUACUGAGCGAAAAAGGGGUUUCUUAGGUGUUCUGCCAACGAUAAGAUGCAAAGAGCGGGAUUAUAGCAUAACCUUGCCAGCAAUGUCAUUGAAAGAAAUUCGCCUCUCUUCCCCUGAAGAUCCUCGAGCUAACGAGAAAGUGGUUAUAAACGUCGGUGGUAUUAGACACGAGACUUACACUACUACUCUAAAAAACAUCCCUGACACUAGACUGUCCUGGAUCACGGAAAACAAGACACAACUUCCCGAAUUCGACCCAAAUACCAACGAGUAUUUCUUUGAUCGCCAUCCGACGGUCUUUACGCAGAUCUUAAAUUUCUACCGCACGGGAAAACUUCAUUGCCCCAAUGAUGUGUGCGGUCCGCUUUUUGAAGAGGAGCUUGCAUUUUGGGGAAUCGACGAGCUACAGGUUGAAUCAUGUUGCUGGUUGAACUAUAAGAAACAUCGCGAAGCCCAGGCGAAUUUGGACACAUUGGACGGGCAUGAUUCAGACAGGGACAGCCUUUCAGACAUGGAUAUGACGGUGUACGGGCUCGUCGCCGACAGCAUUAGAAACAAGAACCGUACUCUCUGGAAAAAAAUUCAACCGAAAGUCUGGACCACUUUUGAGGAGCCGUAUUCGUCUCGGCUGGCCCAGGCCAUUGCAUUCACUACACUGAUCCUCAUACUGACCUCCGUCAUAACUUUCUGCCUGGAAAGUGUCCCUUUCUUUGAAGACAAGUCAUCCACUCAGUACCAGGCCCUUUACGUUACGGAUAUCAUUUGCGUAGCUUGGUUUACACUCGAGUUUGUUGUGCGACUUAUCUUCUGCCCAAGAAAGCUGCAGUUUAUUAAGAAACCUAUGAACUGGAUUGAUUUUUGUGCCAUCAUGCCGUUUUAUUUGGAUUUGUUCAUCACCUCUUCCAAUAUCAAAACUAUUGUAGUUCUGCGUGUUGUCAGACUCAUUCGAGUUUUUCGAAUCUUCAAACUCUCGCGACAUUCAUAUGGUCUUCAAAUCCUCGGCCACACUUUAAGGUCGAGUUGUAGCGAGCUGUUUCUUCUGGCCUUCUUCCUAAGCAUAGGUGUAGUGAUAUUUUCAAGUGUUAUCUAUUACGCCGAAAAAGACAUUCACGACACCAAGUUCACAACUAUUCCAGCCUCCUUCUGGUGGGCCGUCGUCACCAUGACGACGCUCGGCUAUGGAGACAUGGCACCGGAAUCUUGGGAAGGAAAAAUCGUGGGCUCCUUUUGUGCGAUUAGUGGUGUUCUUAUGAUUGCACUUCCGGUUCCGGUGAUAGUCAGCAACUUUUCGUUGUACUAUUCUCAUGCAAAAGCGAGACUCAAGCUGCCGAAGAGGAAGAGACCGCUGAUUAUUGGUGCUGCUAACGCGCUCAAGGUUGCACAAUCGUUCGUGACGCAAAGCAGUCCCAAAAUUUCCAAGGAACUGGUGGCAGAUCAUAUCGAAAGUGAAGAUGGCUCGGAAAAGGAUGACUCACGCCCUGGUAGUAGAAACCGUUGGUCGUCACCUUAUCCUAGCAUUCGCUCCACUCCUCGAGCGACUCCAAUGGAAAGGCGACGGCUCCCGAACCCAAACACUGUGGUCAUUGCUCCAUCACCAAGAAACUCUUUACCAACGUCGGGGCAAGCAGUAAAGAGAGGUAGUUUGUUUGCAGUUCCAGAGGCAGAACGAAUCGAAAUAGAAAUGGUAGAGCGUAAUCCUUCGUGUUCAGUGCUAGUUGAAGAUAAACCACAGAAAGUGUCCAACACAGAGAGUGUAUCCCAGCAGUCGUCACCAUCAGCUUUCAAUGCAAACUCCAGAAGCUCUGAAAAUGCAUCUGAAUUGUCCUUAGCAACAACUCUACUAAGUCCAAAGAGAAGCGAUACUGAAAGUGGUUCAUCUGUUGUUGAGAUGAAAACCCCGCCGUGCUCUCGGCAAAGAAGUUCCUCUUCUAACCAGUCCAUGUCUAUAGAUUCGACGCAAGGCUCGCCCAAGCUGAACCCACGGGGGCGGAUGGGACGCCGCGGCAGUCUGUAUGUUGUUGGUUUUACAGCCAAACACUGGCAGAAUAAAGCUUUGAAGAAAAACAAGAAGACCCAAUCUGCUCAAACUGACACAGGUUCGCGUAAGACCCCGGCAACGUCGACCGGAGAUCGUAGAAGCUCUGAAACCCAGGCUACUAUUGCGACGAGUAGUCGAAGAAAUAGUGGCAAAAAUCCCGAUGACAAUGUGCUGUCUUCUCCGGAGGAAGUGGCUCAUCUACAUUCUCAACCCACUGCUGCAAGAGAGUCGGGAACUGCAACGCAGACGCAAGAAGGUCGAUCUUUGGUCCAAAAUGGUUUGCGAGACUUAAGUGACGGACAUAGUUACCAAGGCGUCGAUGAAAGAAACACUAAGAGUACGCAUACAUCCAAGCGAUCCAAAAGUGAACCCCAUGACAGCUCGCGAUUCAAAGCCUCUCCAGUAAAUAGAUUACGCGACGAGUAUCAUAAUGGGAAGUCAACUGCGGUAUCUGUAUCCAUAGAAAGUAACGACUCGAGUGCGAGAAUGUCUGACGACUCAUUAACGAUUAGCGAUCGGCACCGACAGCGACGAGGAUCCUCUCCGCUGGUCCGACAAAAGGCCGUAUUUACGUUUGAUAUGCCUGAUCAGUUAGUCCAGGUUGACCCAAGUGCUGGAGGCCGCCUCUCGGCGUCGAAACGCAAAUCAUCCCCUUCACGCUCGCACGACGAAAGCGGAUUUACUCUCUCCCCGCUUAUCGAGCACAGCGAAAAUGAGCUUGCAGAACCUAGGAAACUCGUGGAAACCCGAAGGAACUCAUGUAUUCCAGCAAUAUCAACGGAAAGAAAAAAUUCCAAGAAAAGCAAGUCCUCAGGAAUCAUUCCUAAUGGAUAUGUCAACGGUUCGUACCAUUUCGAUGAAGAAGACAGAAGAAUAAUAGAGAGGCGUUUAUCAUCUGGAGCUCAAUACAGCGGUAUUUCGAGCACUAAAGAACUCUACCUUGAUCCAGGGUUAAAUCGGUCGCGAAGUGAAACAUUCCCGGUUUAUUUCGCAAUGGGUGCUGAAGCGCACCCGUCCAUUACCCUCUCAAGUCACGGUGAACCAUUUUACACAGAAGCUAAAUCGUUUGGGCACUAUUCUGCGCUGGGUCAUCGACAAAUUUCGUCAAACUCCGAUUCAAAUUUACCAUCAAUAAGUGAAGAACUAGGUGGUUUUAACCCCAAACAGAGCGGGGUAGACAUGACCCGUUUAGAGACACCAGGGAUGUUGCCACGACCAAACUCCCUCCCCAACGCCUGGAGUGGAAAUCUUGUCCGACCGGUUGUAAUGCACCGUCCACAUAGCGACUCCGUUUACUUCAAUCACGCCGAUGCGUACCACUUUCCUUCGAAGGUGGGUAGUUCAAUGGGGAAUCUUCGACAACCCAUGGGAAUUCCGCGAUUUUCCGCACCGAACAUUAGCCAGAGUGAUCCAAGGGGCCAACCGGUGAGAAGGCACACUUCUUUUGAGGAUCAGAAAUUGAUUCAUGACUCGGAAAUGGAAAGCCUUCUGGCUCAGCGACGCCAAGGGCGUGUACUUUACGUCCACGUGCCGCAAAGUGAAACCAUGAGUCGCACAGCAACUGAUCCAAGCUUCACUGGUGACCAUGGUGACAGAAUGACGGAAGUAUCGCAGUGUGACAUAACACAACCAAACAAUAAUACUUGUGAACACGUUGGCUCGCCUUUUCUUAAAAAGUCUGAAUCUGUAUCGAGUCCAGAUUUAUUUUCAAUGAAUGGACCUUUGCCGCUAGGUAGACUCUCUUCGAAUCUCUCUGGUAGUUGGUAUCGAUCGGCCAAUGAACCUCCAAGAACACUUGAUGGUUUUAAUGGGAUCUUCCAUGACUAUCCCAGUUAUCCAGCACACCCAAGCGGGGAAGUACUCUCCACACGUCCAGUUUCUGUUCAUUCGGUUCCGACUAGUGUACAAAACGUCUCUGUCAAACAUUUCGUUGAUGAGUCCGUAGCUACCCGGUUAUCAUCAUCGACUUCACGAUCAUCUGGCGAGGAUACUGCACGUGUUCAAAGUGCGUCAUCACCAGCGCUUGAACGUACGGACGGAGAAGUGAUAUUUAAUGGACACGAGGCGUUACAACAAAGAGACAGUUCAAGCAGGCCAGCUAGUGUUCCCUUAUUCAAUCGUCAGCGAGCUCGUGCAAUUUUUGUCGGUGAUUCUGGAAUUGAUAGCGUGGGUAGUUUAACUUCAAUGACACAUUCGUUGGAAUCCGAGGUAGAAAGUGUAACAUGUCCAAGUAACUCUAGAGUCGACAUCCUUAAUCCAAUCGAUGAGAAUGACACUGAAGUCGCCGAUUCGAGUCAAGCAGAAAACCCGCGAAACACUGGAACAGCAAUGCCCGUUCAAUCCGUGAACGAGGAACAAGAGAAAACAAAGAAAAAACAGCUUGUGAUGAGCAAUGUAAAGCUUAACGGGAACCGUAUGUCAGAUAUUCUUGGUAACUCGGAUUUAUACGAAUCCAGCUUAGUGUAGAGCAGCUUAGAGGCUUUUGUCGUUAUAGAACAUAAUCACAAAGCGAAACUGCUGAUCGAAGGAACUCACAAAAGAUAAAAAUGCAUGCAGCAGUAUAUGUUAAUGUUCGAUGCGCAGUUCUUCGGGUAAAUCUCAUGUAAAAGCAGGUUCUUUUACGUUUCCUCCUAGUGAGAAGGCAAAACUUGCAAAAACAAAAAUAACUUUUAAUUAUUAA